AUGGCGUCCGAGGGCAGCGAGGCCAAGUCGUACUCAACCGACCCCGCACUGUACAUCUACACCUCUUUGACCGCGGGUUCCUCCCAUAUCGUCACUGCGACGUCGCGUCUCGAGACCAUCCUGCGCGCCAACCGCGUCCCGUUCAAGGCCCUCGAUAUUGCCACCGAUGAGAAGGCCCGAAUGCUAUGGGGCCGCCGCGCCGGAAAGGACGAAAGCGGCCGUCAGCGCAAGCUCCCGGGGCUUGUGCAGAUGGGCAUGAUCUUGGGAGACCUCGUUGAGAUCGAGGAGUGGAAUGAGUAUGGCGAGCUCAAGCAGCACGUCACCAUGUACUACGACGAGUUUACCCAACCCUCGAUCAGCCAGGCGCCCAAGCAAGCUCCUCCCGCCGCACCCAAGGCACCGCCGGCUCCGGCGCCCAAGACCACCAUCGAGAGGGUCGCGGCGGUCUCGAAAGCCGCCGAAAAGGCCACCCUCCCCGUCCGCACCAUCGCCGAGGAGGUCGCCGCCAAGGCAAAGCAAGUCCACCUGCAAUCCCUCCGAAACAAGGUCCACGGCAAGGACAGCAACCCCUCCUCCCCAACCACAACCAGCCCCACCGUAACCACCACCUCCACAUCCUCCGUCGCAGCGACAGCAGGAGCAGGCCUCCAAUCGCCAACCACGUCGGGGUGGAAGGCGUCGAGUGCGCCGGCCCCGAUCCAGUCGCCGACGACGACGGGCUGGAAACCGCAGGAUGUGGACCCCCCCGUGCGGGAGUUGCGCGGCGCGGCAGUGACGCCCGCUAGCCCGGAUGAGAUUGCGGCCGUUGAACGUGCCGAGACGAUCCGCGAGGAGCCCGGGCGGGAGAGUAGUGACGAUGAGGAUGAUGAGGAAGAAGAGAGUGAUGAAGACGAGGAUGAUGAGGAGGAGGAAAGUGAAGAUGAGGAUGAGGAGGAGAGUGAGGAGGAGGAGGAGAAGCCGGCGGCGAAGGUCGCAGGAAAGGCUGCGGAAGUCAAGAAGGUUGAGGAAGUCAAGAAGCCUGUUGAGGUCAAGAAGUCUGGGGAAGCUAAGAAGAGUAGGGAGGUUAAGAAGGCCGGGGAAACCAAGAAGACUUCAGAUGUCAAGAAAACUAGAGAUGCCCAGAAGGUUGGGGCGAGCAAGAAGCCUUCGGAAGUGAAGAAGACUGGGGAGAGCAAGAAGACGAAAGAGAGUAAGGAGGCCAAGAAGACCAAGGAAGUUAAGAAGACUAAGGAAGUGAAGAAAACAGGGGAGAGCAAGAAGACUGGUGAGAGUAAGAAGGCGGGGAAAUAG